CACCUCGCCAGGCCUGCGCGGAGCAUUGAUUCGCCUGAGGCGAUUGGUUUGCGCUUGUGCAGGGGAAGAGACGCGCCGAGAUGCCAAACAAAAAGGCCGCACGCAACGCUUACUUUUUCUUCGCCCUGGACAUGAUCCCGGAGCUUCGCCGCCGAGGCCUGCAGGUGUCCGGGGUGCGGGAAGCCAUUCCCCUCUGCUCCGAGGAUUGGGCGUUAUUGAGCGCGGAUCAAAAGGAAGCCUAUGCUGAGAAGGCUCGGCUAUUGAAAAAUGACCCUGACUCAACCAGCACUUAUAACGACGGAGUUUUUGGACAGAGAAAGAGAAAUGCUACAAAGUCCUCAGAUUUUUCAUCCGUAGGUUUCUUCCAGUUAAAUGAUCAAAGGAAUUGUGUUACACAGAGGACAGUGCCAGCUAUGAACAUAGAUAUCUCGUUCAACAAGAAUAAAGCUCCAGAUCAACAUGUUUGUUACUUUAUAAACAUAUUUAGUCACGGUGACAUGCCAAGCCUAUGCGAACAACGCUAUGUUCCUUGUGAGAUUGCCUGUGUGAGAUACUCUCUGCGUGAGGGCAUAUUGGGGAGUUUUCAUGAUUUUAUAGAUCCUGGUGAACUUCCACGAGGAUUUCGAUAUCAUUGCCAGUCAGGGAGUGCAUCAACCCAUCAGAUCCCCAUCUCUGGCUUUGAACUCGCCAACAGUGAUUAUCAUAAUAUGUUUCGCAAACUGUGUUCCUUUGUUUGUCCAACUCCAUGCCCAGUGGUACCAGUGUACACCAAGGCUAACGAUAUAUACAGAGUUGACUGGUGUCUUCAGUGGCUCGCUAACAAAGCAGGAAUGGAAAACCAUUUUCGAGUACAAGAGGUGGAAACUUUAAUUAUAAAAUUCUACCAAGACAAGCUGCAGGAAGAGCCCUCUCGACCAACUGUGUCUCGCUUACUUGAUGUUGUUCAGUGGGACUAUUCCAGUAACACCAGGUGUAAGUGGCAUGAAGAUAAUGAUAUGUGGUGUUGUGCCCUUGCAAGCUGCAAGAAAAUUGCAUACUGUAUUAGUAAGGCUUUGGCGUCCGUAUAUGGCGUUACUCUUACACCAGCUCAUUUACCCAACCCGGAACGUUCAAGAAACCAGAACUCUGUGAAUCCUAAAGUGGUGGUUCUUGAUGCUAAACGGUUUCAGAGAGUCUGCAGCUCAGAUCCCAAAUAUUCCACUGAUAAAUCCGAGAGAAGUUCAUUUGAGCCCAGAGGAGUGAAGCCGUACCAGGGCCCCUCUGGGGGUGGAAGAGGAAUACUGAGAUUGCUGGAAACCUUGGCUGCUUCACAGAACAGCAGUGGAUAAAUGCACCAGAACUGCAAGAGACAACAGUUGAACGUUGCUUGUUUGCGAUUUGCUUUAAUAAGAGGGAUGUGCAAAAUCCAUCCUUUUUGCAUUUGGCCAAAGGCUGAAUCCUUCAUAAUAUUUGCCCAAAGACAUAUUAUAUUCUUAUUGCAUAUCCAGUUUUGCACACAGUUGUAUUAAUAUAUCCAGCAUUUACCCUCUGCUGAAAUAUUCCUUUAUGUUGUCCAGGGCAGCAAACUCGCAUGAUUGCAAAUGUUUGAGGUUUAUUUGGGGCAAGUGUGAAGGAUUCAACCGAACUUAAACUAAGUCUUUGGAUUUGGUGCCAUUAUUUAAAAUUUUAUUAUAAAAGCACCAGAAUAUAUACAAUUUGUUUUUCUUUAUUUAGAACAUAAAAUGGGCUCACUUACAAAUGCAAGUGCAGCGUGCAAUUUCUGACACAAUUCCAGCGUAAUUGCUGCCAUAGUGGGGAUGGGGGAAGCCUUAUCUUAUACAGUUAUGCCAAAUGCAUCUAAACAUGCAGACAGACACAAAUCUGAUGCAAUUAUUGAUCCAGAUUGGCGUAAUUAUUGGCCUUCAUUGUCAAAAUGAUUUAGGCACAAGUGUGGCGUGCAUAUAGAUAUUGGUCACGUGGGGAAACCUGGAAUUACCAUCACCUUCAAGGUGCCGAUAGUGGCAGGUUUCCCCCUACAUCAGUUAUCCAAACACACGGCUUGUUGCCAAUACACGUAAGUGUAGGGAUCGUGUUUGGGUUCAAGGACCUUUACUGAAUUUUGUAAAUAUUGUGCAACUGCAGUUGUAAAUGAGCCAUUUUGUUUAUCAAAGCAACUGUUACGGGUGAAGAAACACAGAGCUACUUAGUAGCAGCUACUUGUCACGGCUACUAAACUCCAGAAAAUCCCCUGCCAUAGAUAAUACUGAGAAUUGCUUCUGCUAAACACAUGUAGACAGUUAUCAGUAAAUAAUCAGUCUAUUUCUGUAGCUGUGUCUUCAUCCUUAUAUCCAAACAAUUUGGGUAACCUUUUUUUUUUUUUUUUUUUACUUUUUUCUUUACCUUGUUAAGCAAAUGUUAAUGCUUAUGGGUGAAGCCAACCUGCCUGAUGUACAUGUUUUUUUUGCUUCUGAUGGUUGGUUAAGUGUAAAUGUUCUGUAUUGUCUUGUAUUGAGCUUGUUUGUGUUUUGAUCUUGUUUGGCAUUAUUAUUUACCAUAAGUCUAUUGUUAAAUAUUUCAUUGUUUCGACACCUGGAAUAUCUUUUUUGCAAUGCUUUAAAAUGUUUUAAAUGCAGAUAAA